AUGGAUAUUUUAAAGUCUUCUGAUAACAUAGAUUUGAGGAAACCUAGUGCAAGAGUGGCCAAGACGCAGCUACUAAUUGCGUUCAUACUGGGACUUUUCGCAUUUCUAACAUUUUGCAUCUUGAGAAAUACAUGGUCAAAGCUUUAUAUUUCAAGGUUAACUAGAAGGAAAGGGCUACCCACUAUACCCACAAAGUCAUUGUUUGGCUGGAUACCGGUUAUUUAUAAUAUCAAUGAGCAGGAUGUGUUGAAUCAUGCUGGUUUAGAUGCAUUCGUAUUUUUGGGAUUCUUCAAGAUGGCAAUUAAAUUACUUUCAUUGUGUGCGUUCAUAUCAAUAGCCAUUAUUUCACCAGUACGGUAUCAUUACACUGGGAGAUAUGAUCAAGGUGAUGGUGAUAAUGAUGGGAAUAAUGAUGGUGAUGGCGUUGAAAAGAAGAUAGGAAAUGAACCUGACAUCCCGGGGGGUUAUAAGCCAUAUCUUUGGAUGUAUGUUGGAUUCACAUAUGUCUUCACCCUGUUAACUUUUUACAUGUUGAUUAAACAAACUAAACACGUUGUUCAAACAAGGCAACAAUAUUUGGGAAAUCAAAACUCAAUCACUGAUAGAACUAUUCGUUUAUCAGGUAUACCCCCUGAAUUGAGAGAUGAGGAAAGUUUGAAGAAGCAUAUCGAAGAGUUGAACAUUGGUAAGGUGUCCUCAAUCACAAUCUGCAGAGAAUGGGGUCAACUAAACAGACUAUUCAAGCAUAGGAAACAAAUAUUGCUUAAACUUGAAGAUUACUGGGCAGAUACGGUGCAAAGACCUUACCAUGAUGCUCCUUCAGAUGAUGAAACUGAAAAUGAAGAACAAGCUGGAGAUACAACAGUUGAGUCAAUAAUCGAUGAAGGUUCUGCAGAUAGCAUUCGUGACUACUCCACUAGAAAUGCCGCUGUCACGCUUGGGGCUCAACCAUAUGAACAUAAAAGACCAAAAUUGAAAACUGGGUUCUUAGGACUUUUUGGUAAAGAAGUUGACGCUAUUGAUCAUUUGACAAAUCAAUUGGAUGUUUUGGACGAGGAAAUUUUAAGAGCUCGUCAAAGACACUUUCCAGCAACACCAACGGCUUUCAUCACUAUGGAUACUGUUGCAAGUGCUCAAAUGGCAGCGCAAGCUGUUUUAGACCCUCAUGUACAUUACCUCAUCACAAGAUUGGCACCAGCUCCUCAUGAUAUCAUUUGGGAUAACAUUGUUUUGUCACGCAAGGAGAGAAUUGUGAAAAAUUACACAAUUACAAUUAUUAUUGGUAUUAUUUCAGUUUCAUUGAUUGUUCCUGUUGGUUAUUUGGCAACCUUAUUGAAUCCGAAAACAAUAAAGAAAUUUUGGCCAGGAUUGGGUGAGUUGCUACAGAAUAAUGAGUGGGCAAAGAACAUUGUUUCCGGUUUGUUACCAACAUAUAUCUAUACCAUAAUGAAUUUUGUUAUUCCGUUCAUCUAUGUUUGGUUAUCUUCGAAACAAGGGUAUAUUUCGCAUGGUGAUGAGGAACUUUCUGCUGUCUCAAAGAAUUUCUUUUAUAUAUUUGUCAAUAUGUUUUUGGUUUUCACAACUGCUGGUACUGCUUCAAACUAUUGGGGGUUUUUAAGUGACACAACAAAAAUUGCAUAUCAGUUGGCACAAUCACUAAAUGAGCUAUCUUUGUUUUAUGUUGAUUUGAUUAUUUUGCAAGGAUUGGGUAUGUUUCCCUUCAAAUUGUUGUUGUUUGGAAGUAUUCUUCGUUUUCCAUUUUUCAAGGCUGGUUGUAAAACACCAAGAGAUUAUAGAGAACUUUACAAACCUCCAAUCUUCAAUUUUGCACUACAUUUACCUCAACCGCUGAUGAUUUUGAUUAUAACAAUCAUUUAUAGUGUGUUCUCAACAAAGAUUUUGGUUUCGGGACUGAUAUAUUUCAUCAUUGGUUUCUAUGUUUACAAAUACCAACUGAUUUACUCUGUUGUUCAUCCACCUCAUUCAACUGGUAAGGUAUGGCCAAUUGUCUUCAGAAGAAUAGUUGUUGGUUUGUUGUUGUUUCAAUUGACAAUGGCUGGUACUUUAGCUGCAUUCCAAGAUGGUUAUUUAUUGGCAACUGUGCUAACACCAUUGCCGUUAGCUACAAUAAGUUUUUUAUGGAACUUCCAAAAAAACUAUUUGCCAUUAUCGUUUUUCAUUGCUUUGAGAGCUAUUGAAAGGGAACCAGAAUCUUCUCAAACCUUGGAUGAAACUAGAGAGCAAAAUCAAACAUAUGAGUAUCCAUUUUUGGUUCAACCAUUAGAUGGACCAUGGAUUUCAAUUGAGGGUGAUCAUGCUGUCGUUGCAAAUGCAGAUGGUACUAAAAGAAGACGUGUGAAUUUAUUAGAAUGGGAAUGA